AAAAAGAAAAAAAAAGAGAGAAGCACAAAAAAAACAAAGAACAAGAAAGAGUGCUGCAUAUACAUACAUCCUGAGAUAGAUACAAGUCAUAGAGUACAGAACCAGGGAGAGUGAGAGAGCAAGAGCUAUAGAGUACAGAACCAGGGUGAGGGAGAGAGCAAGAGCUAGAGAGAUGAUGCCAGUGGAUGCUGGGGAUAAACCACGAGGUGGGCGAGGUAGGAUGGUGCGAUGCUGCGCGCUAGCACUACUAGCAGUAGUUGUGGCGCUUGGCAUAUCGGUGCUCACGGUGUGGCUCAUCAUAAGACCUGCAACUCUCACCUACUCUCUUGAAAGUGCGUCAGCCCAGCGUUUCGGGCUCAAGCAUGACAGGCUCAACUCGAGCUUCGAUUUCGUAAUGAGAGCAGAUAACCCCAACAAGAGGGUCUCAGUUUACUACGACACCUUAGAGGUGUCUGUGUCGUUCGAGGGCCACACCAUAGCUUGGGGAACCAUAAGCGGGUUCUUCCAACCACAGCGAAACGAGACCGAAAUACGAAUGCAAGCUGGAGGAGAGGGUGUUUGGGUGCAGGAUGGCACAGGACGCGAUUUGAGACUGGAGAAAAGAUCAGGACAGGUUGAAUUGGAGGUGAAUGUGAGAGGCAAAGUUCAAUUUAAGGUGGGAAAAUGGAAAUCCAGGAAUUAUAAGUUGAGGGUUUCCUGCAUGUCGACGGUGCCGGUAGUCGCCUCAAAGGCGUUUCAGGGGUCAGAAUGCAACGUAGAUAUUUGUUAG